GCCAAGUUGACAGUUUGGUGAAAAAUUUGGAGGUCUCUUGAAGGUUCUGACAGCCAGGUGCGUUUGGUUUUGUUCAGUCUUCUUCUCAUCUGAUUUAUGGAAUGGCCUUUUUCUUUUGUUUUUUUUUUCUGGGGGCGAGGAUACGAAUUUCGGUCGUGGCACUCCUGCAGUCUUGUUGUAGUCACAAUCGUGGCGCAUGGCAUAAUUUUGAUCGAUCAAGCGGCAGUUGUAGUGAAUGGCUAAGAACUCUGAUGAACCACCCUGCAUUCUGAAAGCAUCUGAUGUCUGAAGCCAAGGAUAUGCAACCACUGCGGCCCUGCCCCUGCCCUUUCCUUGACCAAACUCUGUGCCUUUCGUAGGAAAACCAGGGCGAUCAUGGAGUCGGGUGAGAUCAGAAAGCGGUUCGGCCGGUGCCCUUACUGCCGCGCCAUGAUCUACCAGGACACCGAGGCGGUCAUCUACUACUGCAGCAAAUGCCGCACGCCGAUCAGAGGCAAGAACCCGGAGCCGACGGGAGAAACCGACGACGCGCUGAGCAGGCUGGAGAUCCUCUCGGCGGACACCGCGUCGGUGUUCUCCGACGAGCUCGACGCUUGUCGGACUCAGGCUUCGGCUCUCGACGUCCACGGCGACCAGCCUCCGUUGUUCAGCACCUCCACGUCUUGUUCCGGCUUAACCGCCGGCGAUGCCCGCGUUUACUCGAACGGGCAAGACGAGCGCCGGCCGUCGUCUCGGCGGACGAGGCGCGCGGCGUGCUCUGACUCGCUUGUUCUCCGCUACGGCGUGUUCAUGUCAACGCAUUCGGAGACGGAGGAGGGGUUCCCUUCGCCAAGAAACGAGUGCGGACGGCAGCGCCGGAGAUCUCUCGUGGGCUUGCGGGAGCUCGACGCUUCUCUGAGUUCUAUCAGCUGGUCCAGACAGGUGCCGCCGUCCCGUGUCGCGCCGUCGACGCUGGCGGACCCGGCGUUCCAAAGGGACCUGCUCGACAUGCUUGACAACCUCCGCGGCCUGAUCGCCGCAAUCGAGCCGGCGUCAAUCGGCGCGAGUGCGGCGGCGGCGCGCCGCGGCGCCCGCUUCUUCCGCCGGCUGGAGUCCCAUCUCGCGCGGGCGCUGCCUGCCCCGGAUCACGCCCCGCGCCGGAACGCGAGUGGCAGCACCGGCUCGUCGCGGCCGUCGUCGGCAUCGUCCACCUGCGGUCGCAGCGGGCGGCGGAAGCAGCACCACUGCCGCCCGGUCAUGGGCGGCGCGCCGUUCCUGGUCUGCGGCAGCUGCUCCGAGCUGCUGCAGGUGCCGGCGACGACGCUGGUGUCACGGAGAAAAGUCGCCAGGCUGCGGUGCGGCGGCUGUGAGGAGGUGCUCGAGCUGACGGCACCGCACCAGGCGACUCCGACGUCGUCCGCGCGGCCAGAGUCCGACGACCCAGGGAGCUGCAACAGUAGCGUGCGCGGUGGUGGUGCGCCUCCGCUGCCGCUGCACCGCGCCUUGGGGUACAGUUCACCGAGCUCGCUUCUGCAGAGCCGGCGCUACUGAGCGAUGUGCUCAUGGAGUCAUGUGCAGGGUUCUUCUUCCCUUUCCCAACAAUUUUUGGCUGUGCUGAAAAUUUCUCAACGACCCAAAAUGUGCGUUCUUCUAUUCGAUUGUUCUCCUAACAAAAAUCUCCCACAGUUUUUGCGUUCUUGAUCGGAGAACUUACAAACAAGAACUAAUCUCAGCGAAAAAGCAGAAUAAAUUGGGAACUCAGUUUACUGGAUU